GGAAAGAUCUUCAUUGGUACACCCGUGAUAAGAAAUCCCAGGAAAAGGAUAUGGAGGCAGCAAAAGAAGAAAUACGUAAGAUUAAAGAAGAGGAGGAGCAGGCAAUGAGGGAGGCUCUGGGCUUAGCUCCCAAGCGUGCCACACGUCCUCAAGGUACUCGGCUAGACAAGCAUGAGUUUUCUGAACUUGUGAAGAGAGGUUCGACUGCAGAAGACUUGGGAGCAGGGCAUUCUGAAGCUGCUCGGGUAGAUGGUCUUGGUUUCUCAAAAUUGCCCAAACCGUGGGAAGAACCAAGUUCACCAGCGGCUUUUCCAUCUAACCCGAUCGAUGAGCCUGUAGAAAAGAUUAAUGCAAGUGUGACCGUUGCUCCACCCAUACAGAAUGAAGAGGAGUCAGACGCUGAAAGGAACCAAAAGAAGAGGAGGCGAGAAGAGAAGAGACGGGAAAAGGAUGAGAGAAGAGAGAAACAACAUUUGCAGGGCACAGAUGAUUGGAGGAAACAGCCCCGUGAUUCAGAUGAUAGGAGGAAACAUUCCCGUGAUUCAGAUGGUAAGAGGAAGCAUACACGCGAUUCAUAUGACAGGAGGAAACAUAAGAAAGACAAGGAGAAGAGAAGAAGACAUGAUUCUGAUUCAGAUUAAACUUGAAUAAUCCUUGUACUUACUGUGUGCUAGCUAUCAUUUACGUUAACAAGUGCAUUCUGAAUAUUUCUGUUGGAUGCUAUUAAAUACCCUUUGUUUCCUGCAUACGCAUCUGAGAAAGAAGAAUGAAGCUUGUCUAGCUUUUAAUGGCGACUA